AUGGAUGGUUGCAGAAGUUGCAGGAAGCAGCAUCAACCGAUGCCGCGGAUUGUGGUCCAACUCUACACCUACCAGGCGUGCCGUGCUUUGGCGCACCUUCACGCCUCGGCAGUGGUGCAUCGGGACAUCAAGCCACAGAAUUUGUUGGUGGAUGCUUCCCGCGGUCAUUUGCUGAAGCUUUGCGACUUUGGCUCGGCCGCACGGCUGAGUCAAGGACGCCCCGCCUUGGUGGCCUACAUUUGUUCGCGCUACUAUCGCGCGCCUGAACUGAUCUUCGGGGCCACCAACUAUAGCACUGCGGUGGAUCUUUGGUCCAUGGGCUGCGUACUGGCUGAGAUGCUACGAGGACGGCCGCUGUUUCCUGGGGAGAAUGGGGUGGACCAGCUGGUCGAAAUCGUGAAGGUCCUGGGUUCACCCUCCCGUCGGCAAGUCCUGGCCAUGAACCCGCAGUAUUUCAGCUUCGCAUUUCCCACUGUGGCAGCAUGCAAUUGGAGUACUGUGUUUCGGAAGACGGUGGGCCCUGAGUUCACCACACUUCUCAGUGAGUUCCUGCAGUACGACCCCGAGACCCGCAUUAAGCCAUUGGAGGCCUGUGCUCACAGCUGCUUCGACGCCCUCCGCGACGAGCGCGCGCGCUGCUCCGACGGCCAACCCCUGCCGCCGGACCUCUUCAACCUGACUCAGCGGGAGCUGCGCACCUGUUCCGCUUCCUUGCACGAUCGCUUGGUGCCAGCUUGGCAUGCAGCUAGGUGUCCUGGCAGUCCUCCGCAGCCUCAGGCAGCCGGCUGAAACUGCGGCAGCCGUGUGACUCCGAAGCGAAGCAGUGGCACAACUCCAAAGAUUGGUUCUGAAUCCAGA